GUAAAGCAAAAGCCGAACAACGGCAGAGUUUGUUCACCAGGUUUUCACAAUCCCAGAUUCCAUUCCAUCUGGAGAAAAAGGACAUUUUUGAUUUUGUUAUCUUGAUUUCGUAAUGAGAACUCGCAACGCCGAAACCCCAAAAGCGAGGGCUACGAAGAAAACGCCGGUGAGGAAGUCUGCCACUAAAACCACUCCAAAGGCAUCAUCAGAAGCGCCGGAGUCUUCUACGACGACACCCAAGUCCGCGGACAUUCCCAUCUCUUCACCUUUAAUUGAACCGAAACUGUCCAAUGACAACAGCGCCACUGCGACGCCCGUGACGCCCACUACUGUCUUAGAGCCCGAAUCCAAAGUGGAAGAUUCCGGCCCUUUAGCAGACACUGCUCAAGCAACGCCUGAGAUUAAAGCAACCCCCACCACAAAAGCACCAGCGAAGAAAUCGCCCGGAAAAACUAAAACUAAUGCUGCUGCUAAAGUCUCUCCUACACAGACACCCGAAUCGGUAGUGAAGCCUGAGCAAUCGGUUGUGAACGUUGGAGAAUCUUCAGUCAAGGGGGAAACUGCUUCUCCACUGGUCGUAGAAACCCCAUCGAAGGGAGAAUCUCUCCUUGCAAAAGUUGGACAAUCUCUUAAGAAGGAAGAAACGCUGGAAGAAGCUGCGGUUGCAAGGGUUCGGGAGUCUCCGAAGAAGGAACAGCCCGUUGUGGUGAACAUGGAAGAGGUGGUCAAGGAAGAAGUUAAUAAGGAGCCAGCCGCUGCUGAAGAUACAAAGGAGCCCGAGAGUGACCCAGUUAGCAUGGAAGGAGACGUGGAGGAAAAUGUGGGAGGUGAAGAUGCUGAACCGAAGGGGGAUGAGAAUGUUGCUGAUGAGGGCAUGCAAGACUUAGGAGAGCAAGAGGGAUUGGAAGAACCUGUGGAUGAAGAGUGUGCGGAGGAUGAUAUGUUAGCGUCAGAUGAGGAAGCUGUGGGGCUGGAUGAGGAACAAAUGGAAAUAUCCGCAGUUGCAAAGGAACGGAAGAUGAAGAAAGAACAAGAGAUCUUUGUUGGUGGAUUGGAGCGGGAUGCCGUGGAGGAAGAUGUUAGGAAGGCAUUUGAGAAGAUUGGGGAUGUUGUUGAAGUUCGAUUGCACAGGAAUCCGUCAACAAAUAAGAACAAGGGAUAUGCAUUCGUCAAAUUUGCGGACAAACAGCAGGCAACCCGGGCGUUGUUAGAGUUGAAGAAUCCUGUAAUACGUGGGAAGCGAUGUGGGAUUGCUCCCAGUGAGGAUAAUGACACACUGUUCUUGGGUAAUAUCUGCAACACAUGGACAAAGGAAGCUAUCAAGCAAAAGCUGAGGGAGUAUGGUGUUGAAGGCGUUGAGAAUAUUACUCUCGUGCCAGAUGCUCAACAUGAAGGGUUGAGCAGGGGUUUUGUUUUCCUGGAGUUCUCUUGUCAUGCUGAUGCAAUGCUGGCAUACAAGCGACUUCAGAAACCAGAUGUAAUUUUUGGCCAUGCUGAGAGAACUGCCAAAGUGGCUUUCGCUGAACCAUUACGCGAACCAGAUCCUGAGGUUAUGGCGCAAGUUAAGUCGGUGUUUGUUGAUGGGCUUCCUCCUUAUUGGGAUGAAGACCGUGUGAAGGAGCAUUUUAAAGGGUAUGGAGAGAUUGAACGUAUUAUGCUAGCCCGGAACAUGUCUACUGCCAAGAGGAAGGAUUUUGGAUUUGUUGAUUAUACUACUCAUGAAGCAGCAGUUGUGUGUGUCAAUGGUGUAAAUAACACAGAAUUGGGUGAUGGGAAGUCAAAGGCAAAAGUGAAAGCAAGGCUUGCUAAUCCUUUGCCCAAGACUCAGGCUGUUAAGGGUGGAAUGCGUGGUGGGUUUCGGAUCGGUCACAUUGGCAGUGGAGCCUUCUCGAGAUUUGGGAGGGGGUUUGGACGGGGUGGACGUGGUUUUGCUCCCAUGAAUUUUCAGCGUGGUAGAAGCUUCUAUUCACACGGACGUGGUCGUGGUCGAACUGGAAGAUUUGGUUUUUCUGCUGGUGGUGAUCUUGGACACUAUUCUGACUUUCAUGGGAGGCAGCCUUUUGGUGGACGGGGAGGAAGAAGGGGGUUCUUCAGGGGAACUCAUCAGACACCUGUUGAAGAAUUUGUCCCACGAGCUGCUACCUCAUCAAGGCUUGAUCGGCCUAGGCGUGGUGCUUUUGAGAGGGGUCGUGGGAAACAGAUCCAGUAUAGGAGGCCACCAUUUUCACCAGAAAGAGAAUUUGGUGGUCCCUUUGGUGACAGGCACUUUGUUGAUGAACCUUACAUGUAUGACGGUGGACAUGGGUUAAAACGACCUUUUGCUAUGAUGGACCAAGAUCCCCUGUAUAUGGAGCAGCCUAGUAGACUGCGUGCUCGGUAUGAUUAUCCUGAUCCAGUAGUAUCAUCUCGUGGCACUCAUUUCCGAGGUCUAUCAGAUUCUCUUGGAGCUGGCGGUGAUCUUUAUGAACAUGAUUACUACGGUUCAGAUUAUGCUGGUGGUGCAUACUCAUCUUUAUAUGGAGGUGACCAUGCAUUUGGAGGGGGCUAUUAUUAUUAGAUUCAAAAACCUUUGAGGGGGACAAGCUGUUGCUGAAUGAUGGACCAGUAGCUGUUCUAUCCUUUAAUUGGUUGCUCUCAUAAACUUUCUGCUUAGCUUUGCUGUCUUUGUUGAGUUUAUUCUAGGUAGGUUGUUUGAAGGACUUAUACCCAGGAACUAAGAUGUUUGUAUUUUGGGUUGAAAGUAAUACAACUUCAUUUUGUUAAUUAAAUGAAUCAUCAUGGGGACAUCAAGUAUGAAUUUGUGAGGUCAAUCUGGAGUUAAUGGCUUCCAAUCUUAUGUUCAUGAUUUACAUCUGGUUUGAGGAUAGAUGUUGGCAAUCUUUUAACUGGAAGCUUGAAAGGAGCAAUUUUGAUGGUA